AGUGAAACCCCGUAUUGGUGCGUGUAUUGCUUUAAGAACUAAUCACGUGACCGAUACAGGAAGUGUAUCGGUUGAAUUUGUCGCGCCAAAGUGUGUUUAUAAGGAAUCAAACUGUAUCAACAUGUCGUGGGUUUGUUGGAUGGAGUUUUGCUGUUGCGUUAUUAUGGAUCGUUCAAGGAAGUUUUCCCCGGUGUGGAAUCAUUUUGAUCUUCUGACGCCAAACAAGGUGAAGUGUCGGCUCUGUUCUACAGAGCUGUCUUACAUCAAUAAGAGCACUUCAUCAAUGCUGAGGCAUUACAGAGCUCGGCAUGGUGGCGAUGAAGAAUCAGCAGAUACCCGUGAGAAUACCCCAGGGCACAAUCUCUGGGAAACAUUUGACAUGGAGGUUGAGGAGAACAAGAGGACCUCUAAUGCCACAGCUGAUUCGAUACUAGAAGUCCAACGCUACCUGGCAGAAAGCAACCUACCCAGAAAACAAGACCCAUUACAAUAUUGGAAGAGCAACGAGAGAGCUUAUCCACACCUUCAUGAGCUUGCACUGAAAUGUCUCUGCUCACCAUGUUCGUCUGUGCCAUGUGAGAGAGUAUUUUCUAAGGCGGGGGAGCUGGUGUCAAAGAGGAGAAAUCGCCUUGGAGCAAAGACACUUCAGAAACUGUUGCUCCUCAAUAAAAAUGCAUAA